AUGGUCAUCAUUGACAAGUCCGGAGUUCAUCACCUCCAGGUUCGAUGCUGCGAUUGUCCAAAUGCCAUGAGUCCAGACCUUCAAAUGUUUCAACAUGGAUUUUUCCCCGCUUCAUUUAACAAGCCGAAGACUUUGUUCACCUUCAGGGUUCUCGAUGAUUUUCUAUUGGACAACCUUGAAUGUGGGACCUCGGCGAUGAACUAUUACAGCAAGCUCCGGCGAAUGACCUCGAGCAUGUUUCCACACCUUGUACCAGACCGAUACCGAGAGCUCAUGAGAGUCGCCCAACAGUGGAGGCAGUUGAAGAUGAUGAAAUGGCAUGGCUUUGGCCAUUGUGCUGACAGCCUGAAUGCAGGAGAUCUCACAUUAUUUGCCUGGCAUGUCCUUAGCCUGGGAUUAAUGUUCUUCUUCAAUACUGAAGUCACCUCAGUGAUAAUAACAACUCCAAGGUCGAAAUACACCCGGUCAUUUGUUAUGGAUGGAAAUUUCAAAGCCAAACACCUGCAUCCCAUGAAGCUGCUUGAUGAAGUUUGGCUGUCAGAUGGGUAUAAAAUGCAUCUUGCAGAGGCUGCCGACACUUUAGAAAAAUCAAGCUGCAACAAUCACCAGGCAGUAAAUCAAGCAAAUGCGGCUCGGCACAAGCUGGAAUCCACGGGCAUUGGGGGAGUAGCCUGUGCUCGACACGGUUGCUUUGUUCCUCACUUGAUGGUAGAUUUUCAGAAAGGCAAAAGGCAAGCCGACCCGGCCAUUUGA